AUGACCCUGGUGGGUGCUGACUACCGCUCAAUACUGAACGCAACAUAUACGACUAUGACCGCUUCAACUACUACCGCCGUCGAGAAGUUACAACUCGCAAACCAACUACGUGCACAAUGUUAUGAAGCACUCAAACAGUCAGGACGAUUCGAGGAAUUCGUCGAGCGCCUCAACUACUGCAAUGCUCAGAACUACUUAAACCUAUCUGCGUUAGACACUGCCAACAUUAUCGCACUUGUGUCAAAAGCUGGCAUUGUUAGAGGACUGCAACUAUGGCAGAAUGGGGCUAUGCCCUCGAUUGGACCUGGACGCGGCCGAGGUCGAGGCAGAGGCCGAGGCCGUGGAUCAUUCAGAGGCCGUGGCGCACAACAACCACUACUAGCUAAGAUUGACCUAUCUAAGGCAUUUCAUACUAUACCACUAACCACGGACCAGAUCGGUACCUACGCAUUCGAACACCGCGGCAAGUAUUACGCCUAUAACUGCAUGCCCAUGGGAGCAACCAACGCACCAAAACAUUUUCAUGCUACCAUGGGAACUAUACUAAAGGAUAUACCGUUUGCUGAACACUUGAGAUUCUAUCAAGACGACAUUUUCAUCGCUGCCGACAACCACCGAGAGUUAAACUACAGAUACAAACAUACCAAACAACACCUAACGACUUAUGGCUUCAAGGUCAACCCAAAGAAAAGCCAAAUACACUGUACCAAUAUACUCGGUUACGAACUACUCAACCACUCGCUGACAAUACCAACAAAGAAAUGGCAGACCAUACAACACUUGAUAGAUACCAACAUGCAUACCAACAUUAGUCCCGGCAGUGGAUUCUUCAAUGAAACGGCAUUCUGA